GUUGAAACCAUCUGGCAGCCCUGGCUAGUUUGCAUGUCGAAAAACGCCGAAAAUUAAUUUUUUGGUUUUGUUUAUAAGAAUAGCUACGACAUGGCGGCGGGACCCAUUGCUGAACGCAAUCAAGAUGCCACCAUCUAUGCCGGCGGCCUGGACGACAAGGUGUCGGAAACGCUGCUCUGGGAGCUGUUCGUGCAGGCUGGACCCGUGGUCAACGUACACAUGCCCAAGGAUCGGGUCACCCAAAUGCACCAGGGCUACGGCUUCGUGGAGUUCCUCAGCGAGGAGGACGCCGACUAUGCCAUCAAGAUUAUGAACAUGAUCAAGCUAUAUGGCAAACCCAUCCGCGUGAACAAGGCGUCGGCCCACCAGAAGAACCUGGACGUUGGCGCCAACAUCUUCAUCGGUAACCUGGACGUGGAGGUGGACGAGAAGCUACUGUACGAUACAUUCUCCGCCUUUGGCGUCAUCCUGCAGACGCCAAAGAUCAUGCGGGAUCCAGAGACGGGCAAAUCGAAGAGCUUCGCCUUCAUCAACUUUGCCAGCUUCGAGGCCAGCGACGCGGCCAUGGACGCCAUGAAUGGCCAGUACCUGUGCAACCGUCCCAUCUCCGUGUCGUAUGCCUUCAAGAAGGACCACAAGGGCGAGCGGCACGGCUCGGCGGCAGAGCGACUGCUGGCCGCCCAGAAUCCUUCGGCUCAUGCGGACAGGCCGCAUCAACUGUUCGCCGAUGCGCCAGUGCAGAAUAUGAUGCCGCAGAUGCCGGGCCAGAUGAUGCCGCCACCGAUGAUGGCUCCGCCGCCGCCGGUGGUGCCCGUUUCGAACAACAACAUGGGCAUGAUUGCGCCGCCGCCUCCAGUGCCCCAGCCUGCGCCGUUCCCAGCCACGAUACCGCCGCCACCGCUGCCGCCGAUGGCCGGUGGACAACCGCCUCUGCCGCCCGCGAUGGGUAUACCGCCGCCGCCGCGCAUGAUGCAGGCGAACGCCUGGGCACCGCCCGGCAUGCCGGCUCCUCCGCCCAGACCACCGCCCACCAACUGGCGGCCGCCGCCCGUGCCAUUCGCCCCCGCGCCCUUCGCACGGCCCUACCAACCCGACGGCUACCAGUACUAAGACUAGCGUGUAGUGUAUACCAAUUUGGACGAGACGAAAUAAAUUUUAAUAGGACUUAUCAAUGGAGGAUGCUCUGGUAUAGGUUAAGACUACUAUGGUUUUUCUCUUGAUCGUUUUAUGCAUUUAAUACGCCCAAAAUAUACAAGCCCUUCCAAUGUA